CCAAAUUCAGCGUAAAUGACAAAAAGGCACGAUCUUGAAUUCGGUGCAUGUACCGCGAGCCAAUCCCGGUUUAAUCUUGUCUUGGAGGGUGCAGAUAGCAUUUGCCUAGAACGAUUCUAUUUCCAUCAAUAUUCAUUCCUAUCCCCUUUUGAUCCAACUUCAUUCAUUAUCCUACAGGUACACCGUAAUUUCUCAGAUUCCGAUUUUCUCCAUCAUAAUCCAACUCUUUCAUCCAAUUUAUGAUUUAGAUCAUUAUUUUCUAGAAUAGCGACUGGGUUAUUAGAUGGAAUUUUGACAAGGGUUUUUGGUGAUACAUAGAUAUGGGUUCUAAAGAUGUGGAUAGUAAAGCAUGGAAAUGGGGUUUAGGUUUGAUAUAUAUAAUAGCUGUUGCAUUGAUAUGGAUAGCUGCUAGCUUUGUAGUGCAAUCUGUUGUAGAUGAUGGUGUAUCACCGUUCCUUGUUACUUACAUAUGCAAUUCUUUGUUUGUGGUUUUGCUUCCAAUUGUUGAGAUCGGGAGGUAUUUCGAGGAUUCUUACGGAGGUUUAUGGUUUUGGAAGAGUGAUAAGAGGAAAACACAUUUAGAAGGGAGGUUAGGGGAGUCAGAACAGGCUAUACUUCUUAGAGACGACGAAGCAAGCGGUCAAGUUGUUGAAUCGUUGGAUGUGAUUGAAGAUAGGAGCGGCGGUUCUGAAUUGAUUCCUUCUGAUAAUGUAGUUGGAGGAGGAUUGAUUGGUCGAGCUUCUUUGAUUGAAAAUGUUGAUCAAAGAGGGUUGGAUGAGAAAGGGCGUUGGACACGUUGCAGAGUUGCCAAAGUUAGUUUGUUCAUAUGCCCCUUUUGGUUUUUAGCUCAACUCACUUUUAAUCUGUCGUUGAAGUAUACUACAGUGACCUCAAAUACAAUCUUAAGCAGUGCAUCGAGUCUUUUUACCUUCUUGGUUUCCCUAGCUUUUUUGGGUGAGAGGUUUACAUGGUUAAAGCUCUUUAGUGUUCUUCUUUGCAUGGGAGGAACAAUAAUUGUAAGUCUUGGUGAUUCACAAUCUGGUUUAAGAACAGUUGCAUCAAAUCCUCUUCUUGGAGACAUUUUUGCGCUUUCUUCAGCAGGAUUAUAUGCAGUGUAUAUCACCCUUAUUCGCAAGAAAUUAAAUGACGAUGAUGGAAAGAACGGUGAAGCCAGUAUGGCUCAGUUUCUUGGAUUUCUUGGGCUUUUCAAUGUUUUACUUUUUCUUCCAGUUGCCCUUAUACUCAAUUUCACCAAGACUGAACCAUUUUAUAUGCUUACCUGGAAGCAGCUUGGUCUGAUUAUUGGCAAAGGAUUACUGGACAAUGUGCUGAGUGAUUACUUAUGGGCGAAGGCUGUUCUUCUUACAUCAACCACAGUAGCUACAGCUGGACUCACAAUUCAAGUCCCAUUGGCUGCCAUUAUUGAUACCUUCACUGGAAAUUCUCCUCCUUUCAUGGAUUACCUUGGAGCAGUAGCUGUUAUGAUCGGUUUUGCGGGAAUCAAUAUUCCGGCCGAUACUUUUAGCAAAUCAACAGAAUCUAGUGUUGUGGAAUUGAAAAAUGAGGAUGUGAGUAUAAGGGAUGAAGAGCAUGCUUUUCCAGGAACACAAGAUUCAGCCGCUGUAAUGUAACAUGGAAGUUUGCAGUGUUGGUUAAAGAGUGUCCAACUCAAGAAAUAAGUAUUAAAGGGUUUCAAAUGAGGAGAUCUCCUAGCUCCUUUUCUCUUCUAACUAGGGGAGUUGGAUCUACUUUCAGGGUUUAGGAUAAGAGCCUCCAAUUUGGGUGACUUUCUUCACUGUAAGCUUUUUUUCUUUAAUAUUGUUCUGAAAAAAAUGAAAACAAAUUGUAAUGCAUAAACUAAUUUUUAUCAUAUCUUAUUUUUAUUAUGUUGUUUUUCACAAAAUGAGUUGAUUGACAAACCAUUAGAUAAUACAAUUUUUAUAUUA